GUGUGGAAAUGCUGUUUUGUUUAACAUUUACGUCGAAAUAGAUAUUAAAACCGUCGCCUGUGUUAGCUAAGCUAGCUCAAGAGCAAGCUCACAAUGGAUGCUGGUUGGUAUUCAGUUAGUUAGUUAUACUUUAGGCAUCAUACAGGGUCCAUGGAGGAGUCUGGAGAUAUUACUGUGACUGUGAAAACUCUGGACUCCCAGAGCAGGAGCUACACAGUCCGAGGAGAGUGGACGGUGCAGGAGUUUAAGGAGCACAUUGCUUCCUCGGUUGAGAUCCCAGUUGAUAAACAGAGGCUGAUCUACCAGGGCAGGGUGCUGCAAGAUGACCGGACGCUGACCGAAUACAAUGUUGAUGGGAAGGUCAUUCAUCUCGUCGAGCGGGCUCCUCCUCAAGCCACACAGUCAGGAGGUGGAGGAGAUGCUGUGUCUGGUUCAUCAGGAGGCGGAGAGGGAUCAUCUGGCUCGACUCAUUCCUCUACCUCCACCUCCCAAGGAGCUCCGCAUGACCGCAACGGUAACAGCUACGUCAUGCUGGGCACCUUUAACCUCCCUGUGAACAUCCUGGACCCCCAGCAGAUUCAGAUGUCUGUGCAGCAGAUGAUGGCUGGUGUCGAUGGAGCACGAAACGCCAGAGUCAACACGAGCACUGGGAGCAAUGGAUCUGUGGAUGUGCAUAUUAACUUGGACCAGUCAGCUCAGAGUGAACCGAGGAUAAGGCUCCAGUUGGCGGAAAAUUUGUUGCGAGAGACUCGGUCCUUAAUUCGCAGACUGGAGGGUCAAGCGAGUGAAGGAUCCACCCAGCAGGGGCCAGCAGAUUCCUCUUCUUCAUCAGCACAACCAAUGGACACAUCCCCACCUCCACCUCCUGCCUCUUCCUCCACCUCCACACAGACAGAAGGCCCUCCUCAUUCUGGACCAAAUCACCCAAGCCCAUCAGAGCUGAUGGAGGUGCUCUCAGAAGUGCGGAGGGUGGAGGAAAGGCUCCGCCCCUUCAUGGAGAGAACUCACUCCAUCCUGGGAGCAGCCAGUUCUGCUGAUUACAACAACAAUACACAAGAGCGUGAUGAAGACCAGCGCACCCUCAAUGUAGUUGGCGAGUCCCUUCGACUUCUAGGCAACACCUUGGUUGCUUUGAGUGAUCUUCGGUGCAACCUGGCUGCACAGCCUCCCCGCCACCUACACGUGGUUCGGCCUAUAACCCACUACACGUCACCGGUUCUGCUGCAGAGUGGUCUGCCUCCUAUACCGAUACCAAUGAACAUCGGAACCACAGUUACAAUGACCUCUAAUGGCAGACAGGCAGGUGAAGGUCAGCCUCAAUCAUCUCAACCAUCUGGUCAGUCAGAAGAGCAGGAUCAGGCACAGGCACCGUCCUCUCAACCAAAUGGAGGCAGUCAGACACCUGAUCAGGGGACGCCUCGUGUGAUCAGAAUCACCCACCAGACCAUGGAGCCUGUCGUGAUGAUGCAGAUGAACCUGGAUGAUUCAGGCAGUGGAGCUCAGGCCCCAGGCCAACAGAAUCCCAACGCUGCUGGACAGACUGGCUCUGCCCCUCCCGUGCACAUCCCUGGCUUGCCUCCUGAGUUCAUGCAGGCUAUCGUGCAUCAGAUCUCCCAACAGGCUGUUGCAAUGGCCACUGCAGCCUCAACUGGCCACCAUGGACAUCAGUCAGGCACUCCUGCACCAAAUGCCCCAAACGGAGACACACCAGCUGUUCCUCCACCUCCCCAAGCCAGAGUCGUCAUCACCCGACCCACCUUUACCCCACGGAUUCCUCAGCCCGCUGGCACCAGGGCAGCUACCAUCAACCUGCGUUCAUCGGUGCCACCCACCACCGGCCAACAGCCUGCACAGGGCCCAGUGUCUAAUUCUCCUCUCACUCAGAUGGUGAGUGGUUUGGUCGGGCAGCUGCUAAUGCCGAUGCACACAGGUGAUCAAACAUCCACUGGCUCUUCAUCCCAUUCGUUCUCCAUCUCUACCUCCUCCUCCUCAGUUCCCCCUUCCUCAUCAUCCAAUACAUCAACACAUACCUCUUCUAACACUACCAGCACAGCUCCCACAGGCCAGUCACAGAACGAGGGUCCGGAAGGGAACUUGCCCCACUUGCUGGGUUCCCUCCUGGGUGGAGCUGCUGGAGUAGGUGGGAGUGUCUCCGGAGGCUCUCCUUCCAUUACUGUGACCAUGCCUGGCAUGCCUGCCUUUAUCCAGGGCAUGUCUGAGUUUAUCCAGUCCAAUCAGCCUGUGUUUCCUCCACCCCCGAGCCAGCAGCCUCCGCCUGUUUCCUCUGCUCCAUCUGGCCCAUCAGCGACGCCUCUGAACCCUCCUCAUCCUCCCAGCGGCGGAGGGGAGACGCUGAGCCCGGAGCUGUUCACAGGCAUCGUGCAGGGCGUGCUGUCCACCAUGAUGGGUUCUCUGGGAGCUGGUCAGGGUAACACUGAGAGCAUUGCCCAAUUCGUUCAGAGACUUUCUCAAACCAGCAAUCUCUUCACUCCUGGAGCUGGAGAUGCUGUGGGUUUCUUCGGAGACUUGCUGUCUCUGGUGUGUCAGAGUUUCUCCAUGGUGGAUAUGGUGGUGUUGCUGCAUGGCAACCCUCAACCUCUGAGUCGUAUCCAGCCUGAACUCGCUGCCUUCUUCAAUGAGCACUAUCUCAAUGGACGAGAGCCUACUGAUGCUAAUAUUUCUACCGCUGCUGAAGAUCUCAUUAAUGGACUGGAGGAGUAUAUUGCUGAGAGCUUUUCCACAGUCACAGUGCGAGACGGAGUUGACAUCAUCCAGACAAACAUGUCCUUCCUCAGACAGCAGUUCACACGCAUGGCAACGCACAUACUCCGCUGUACAGAUCACAUGUUUGGUCCUCGCUUGCUGUUUCUGUGCACUCAGGGUCUGUUUGAGUGUCUGGCUCUCAACCUGUACUGUCUAAGAGGAGAGCAGAGGGCCCUUACAGCAGUCAUCAACCAUCGCAUUAGAAGGAUGUCUGCAGAAGUAAAUCCCAGUCUAGUGAACUGGCUGACCAGUAUGAUGUCCAUGAGGCUGCAUGUGAUUCUGGACCAUAACCCGGUUACAGAGGACCAAAUCCAGCAUUACGUUCUCUACACACAGCCUGAGUCCGAGUCGAAUACGGAGGCAGUCCAGCAGACGCAGAGCCAGAACGUGGAGAUGUCUCCAGCACCUGCAACUACUGCUGAGGAGGCCAUGGCACCUUCAGGAGAGAGAACUGACUCCAGGCAGCCAACUCCAGAUCUCAUGUCGCUUCACAGGCCAUCAGUGAACACCCAGGAAUCUUCUGGAAUGGCAGCUAAUGGGAGGGAGGAGUCAGGAGCAGAGGCGGAGCCAUGGGCAGCAGCCGUGCCACCUGAGUGGGUGCCCAUCAUUAGGCAUGACAUGCUGUCUCAAAGGAAGAUAAAAGCUCAGCCUCCGCUGUCUGAUGCUUACCUUCAGGGAAUGCCGGCCAAGAGGAGGAAGACUGCUCAGGGUGAGGGACCACACAUUUCGCUCUCGGAGGCCGUGAGCGUCGCUGCCCGAGCAGUAGGAGCACGGCCCAUCACUACUCCAGACAACCUGCAGGGGGAGCUGGACACACCAGAACUGCAGGACGCUUACACACAACAGAUUAAGAGUGACCUAAAGAAAAGAGUUAACGAAGACCCAGACUACAAUUCUCAGCGUUUCCCAAACACGCACAAGGCUUUCUCUGAAGACUCUUGAUCUCAUUGUUCGUUUUUUUUUUUGCACAAUUAUUCCAAGUUCAGACGAAUUAAUCACCAUAGCCAGGAAAUAGAGGAGCUGGAUUCUUCUGUGAAAGGAGCUGAUGCUUAUCUUCACUCGGUGUGCAAUAGCCAUUGAUGGCUGUUUAUUGUUAACACAUCUCCAUGUUCUCUCUUCUUAAUGGAUUUCUUCUGUAUGUCCACUUGCAAUUUCACUGCACCGAAACCUUGUAAUCAACAUUGGCGGACGUGACAGCUGGGGUAAAAUUUGUCUUGCUUUGCGACGGCUAUGAUUCAGAAAAGCUCAAAUUUAUACACGAUAGCAUGCACUGCACUGCGGCACCAAUAAGACAAGAGCUUCACAAGAAGAAGACAUAAUCAAAUACAUGUAGAGGUCACAGAAACACCCAGCACUGGAACUCAGAUGAACUUGUUACACCAGGUUUUCUUUGUAAUGUAAAAUAGAUGAAUGUUGUAAUGAUUUGUUUUAGUAGUUGCAAUAAUAGCAGCUAUCAUAUACCAUGUAUACAUGAAGUGUGCUUAAAAAAUAAAAAACCCACGUUCUGGCUUGAUCACCUAAGUAGGUCUAUGUGUAAUUUUCAAUAUAAACACAUUAGGCUGUUAAAUCUGUUCACUCAGAUGUGUAUUUAGUGAUAGCAGAGCAGUCAUGUGUAAUUAGCUUUUACCACUCUGUCUUCAUGCUUUACUCGGCCUCGAGCCAGUCGAUUUCCUAACCGGAGAUGCAUACUGACUGUAUAUGUGCUUGUUGGGCUGAAAAACAAAUCUCAAACUUGUAAGAGAAUCAAUGUUUUAAAACCGAUAUUUUGUGUCAGAGUUGUCAUGAUGUAAUAAAAUCCAUCUUUAAUUUUA